AGCCGGCGGCUUCUGCUACCACCCAAGGAGGGUUUGAAGAAACCAGCAGAAAACGGCCCUUCAAUACUUUUCAUCCACCGGAGAAGCGGCACGAACCCUCACCAGCUCCUGAGACCAAAGGUCAGGGGAUAGCUGCUGCUGCUGCAGCAGCAGCAGCUGCUGCUGCUGCUGCAGUUGCUGCAAGUGGCGAAGGCGCUGCAGCUCCUUUAGUAUAA